AUGAGUACCGCGUUGCAGCCAGCGCCGAGCGCCGGUUACGCGCUCGCUGCCGGCUCGGACCAGAGCGAGCCACAGGUCAUCAGACGCGACACAGACAACAUCCUAUCCUACUACCAGUCCGAACAUGCUGGCCGGACGUACUUGGCCUCUGAUGCAAGUACAGCUGAUCUCGUCCCACCUCCAUCAGCUAUGAGAACAGGCUCUGGUUCUUCGUCUGAAUACUCCUCGGAUUCUCGAGAGCGCCCAUCAGAUGCGAGUUCUAGUCAAUCGCACGAAGCACGACACGAUUCCAUUAGCACCAUUAGCACGGAAGGUGGACAUAGAAGAAGGCCGAGUGUGCCAUCGGAGGGCGGUGCGGACAGGCGACGACUCGCGAUCGUUGAGUUGGACGAUUCUCUUCCCGCUUCUCUCACUCGCAAACGUAGCCAGGCCUCGAGAGACAAUCACAAUGCGGACCUGUCGGCGACGACGACCAUUUCCUCGCGGCGCGGCAUGUAUGUCGAGGGCCUUGCGCUUGUUGCCCCACCCGACGCCUCGCCGCGAGCGUAUACCGAUCUCACGCCUCCCUCCACUGCUCCUUUGUCCACCGAGCGCCCCCCACCCUCUGCUCUCCGACCUCCUAUUGUCCACCAACGCUCACAGUCCGACAUUACCACCGCGACCCCAAGGUCUCGCCACCAGCAUAAAUCCUCUCGUGACAUCGGCAUUGUCGGUGCCGUCCCAUCGACGGCGGAGUCCAUCGAACGGCCGGUGACCGUCGGCAGCCAGCAAUCGGCGCUCAAACUGCCCAUUUUCCAGACGCCCACCGACUCGCGUUCGCCGACGCCGGGCAGCAGCGCCAGGACGCCCGACCCGUCCGAGUCGAGCAUGCUCAGCCCACAGGGACCCUAUAGCGCGGGAUCAAGCGCGUUGACGACGCCGGACCACGACCGACACGAUCAGGAGGCGCUGACGCCUGCCAUCGGCGAGUCAAAGGAAAUUGGGCAGCCCGUCGUGGGCCCUGUCAUUGUCAACACGUCGGAGGCGCUGCGGCAUGGGUUGCAGAACAGGCAAGUGCAGUCAAGCGUGUCUAGUCCGGGUGACGUGUUCGCAUCGCGCCAGUCGCAGACGUCGCCGUUCUCGGUGGUGAGCACGUCGCGCUCUGCGUCUCCGUAUGUCCACUAUGACCCUGGCACACACUCGCGUGCUGGUCCUAUGCCAGCACCACCACACCCUUUGUAUGACGUCGACCCUCGAUCAGGAGCGCUUACUCAGCGUGACCCGCAGGCUCUACGGGAUGCGUUGCAGCUGCCGCAGUCGGUAUCGGCGGUGUUGGCGUCCAAGGUGCCCUCGCAAUCCCCGAAGCGAAACGAUUCCGAGUUGACGGAAGAUUCGGUGUAUUCUCAGGAGGAGAGGGAGCCGGGCGCUGGCCCGUCGCGAUCACUGUCAAAACGGUCCAUGCACGUCAGGGAAGGCGCACACCCGCCGUCGACCGUAACUAACACGCCACCGACGUCCGCUGAGGAAGUGCCAGAGACAAAGAGCGAUGACGUCCGGCAUGUGGAGGCUAUCAAAGCACCGCCGGUCUCGUUCACCUUACAUGACGACGCAAGGAGUGCAGAGUCCGUUUCAUCCUCCUCGCAAGAACCCUCUCUCCACCCAGCCAGGUCUCGCAAGGACCUCCGAAGAGAGAGCAGCUGGGUAAGCAUGGCCCAAGAGAGAGUCCAGCGUGCACUCUCCCCCGGCCGUGUCUCGAACAUCUCGCGUUCGCCCUCUACCUCACCCUCCAUGUUCUCGCCGACCCCGCCGCCGAAGAGCAUCCACGGCUCGCUCGAGGACGUGUUGCACGCGCCCGGUGCCGGGCAUAACCCGCUCAAGGGCGCGCUGACGAACUUGAAGCGCUUCUCUGCGCUGCCGCGCACGCCUUCAUUGACUUCGGCGCGGGCAAAGAGCCCGACUCCAAGCCCACAAGCGAGUCCAAGACACUCAGAGUCGAGGGACGCGCCAUUGCCUGUGCCUCCUGUCCCACUUCCGGUGAAGCCGAAGGUGGUGCGGCCGAGGAUUAAGGCGGCGUGGCCGGAGGCGAUGGCGUGUCGGGAUGUGAUGGCGAAGAGGAACCCGCUCGAGCGCUCAAUUGGAUACGCACAUAAGAUCAACGAGUUGGCGUUGUAUGACUGCGGGUUGACGGAGUGGGUCCAACUGCGACAGUUCUCUGGUGAGCAUGCACCGACGGGCACCAGGGCGGGGUCCUCCAGCAAAGUGAGACUCAUGGUGACACCGGCAACACCUGCGUCCCGAGCGUUCGUCCCACAGCCACGACAUACGUCCCGGGGCUCUGAGGCAUCUGGGAUGACACAUCCUCCCACCAACAGCCUCCCCCCUCCAGCCCUUCCCUAUCCAUCACUUGCACAAGCGCAACAAACGCGCAGCCCCAUUCGUUCUUCUACCAUGAUGCCAUCACCGUCUAGAUCGCUUCUGCCUUUGCCGGGCAACAAGUCCUCUGGGGGGUUCUUCUCGUCUAUCGGGCGCAAGGCGAGUGUGAGGAAAGACAGACCAGUCUUACCCCCCAAUCCUCCUGGGCGCGUGCUAUCUAAACGCAAUACCGCCACACCCACACCCACACCUCUCGUACAGGUCGCUUCCUCGCCCAACGUACCAGGUGGUCCACGAGCCGCCCCAGGGCGCGUACGUCGGUCACAGACGUUCUCAGCGAUAUCGGGCCCACCUCCCCAACCGAAUGCUUCGACUAUGCCUACGAGUAACAGCCAUCCGCAACGGCAGAGCACGAUGCGGCGCCCGUCGCUCUUCGCUCGUGCGAAGAACCACGGGCAGAGCAAUGCGCAGGCGGGCGCUGUGGUCGCCCAGCCUGCGCUGCCGGACCCAGAGUUCGACCACCAGGUGGACAAGCUGGCGGACUUGCUGCCGCACGCUGAUAGAGGGGUUCUUGCUGGGUACUUGCGGCGAGCGGGCCAGGACAUCCUCGCCAUCGGGCAAUACCUCGAAGAUGAGAAGAACGGCACGCUGCGACGCGACUGA